AUGGCGCACGAGGUCCCACUCCAUGCUACUCAACUGACUUUGAAGCGAUAUCUAUUUCGCCCCAUUUACAUGAGCUUCCCUGCGUUAGACCGACUCGCAUCGGUAAUACCGUCUAGAGCCAAGGCUCGACGACUGAUACGGCAAUUUUCAGACCUAUUGCAAGCCGAAAUUCUUACAAGUCCAGGCAGAAAGUUUGAGAAUCGCGAGAAUAUGAAUUGCCUCGGAGACCGACUCAGGUCCGCGUGGCGCGAUGGAACCUUGAAUACGAAGCAGGUUCGGGAUAAUCUAAAUGUUCUCUAUGUGGCUGGCCAAGAGAAUCCACAACUUCUUAUGGUCUCGUCCCUGUAUCUCCUAGGGAAACAUCCGGAAAUACAAGAAAAGCUCAGACAGGAGAUUGAAGGUCUCGGCAUAAGCAAAUCCUCCACCCCAGAUUGGCGGUCCCUACCGUACCUUACUGCAACAAUAUUAGAAUGUCUUCGGCUAUUACCACCCAUCUCGCAGCUCAUCAACCGACGUGUGGCAGAGCCCGCAUGGCUCGGUGGCCUCAUCCACAUCCCCAGGGGCACAUACAUCGGAUAUAACAGUUAUGCCACCAACCGGGAUCCAGACUCAUGGGGGCCAGAUGCGGAUGAAUUUCGACCAGAGCGAUGGGGUGCCACCGAUGAGCAGAUUUCCAUGAUGUACCGGAGUGCCAAGGCGCGCGCCGAAUUCAUAUCAUUUCAUGGCGGGUCCCGCGCAUGCCUCGGAGAGAAAUUCGCUCUCUUGCAAAUGAGGGUCACAUUAUUUGUUCUCAUUCAGGCGUUCCGAUGGGAGCUGGACCCUGAAUGGAAAAUCCAAAUGACGCCUGCCGGUCCCCUGCACCCACGAGGCGUACGUCUUGUUUUUACGAAGCUUUAG